AUGGCCCUCAACAUUCGUAAAAACCACCAAGUCCUAAAAAUCAUCAACAACGCCCUAAUUGACCUCCCAACACCAUCAAACAUCUCAACAUGAUGAAACUUCGGGUCUCUACUGGGCAUCUGCUUAGUCACCCAAAUUGUCACAGGUCUUCUGCUAGCCACACACUACACAGCAGACACCAACCUAGCCUUCUCUUCCGUAGCCCACAUAUGCCGAGACGUACAAUUCGGCUGACUAAUCCGUAACCUACAUGCAAACGGAGCCUCCUUCUUCUUCAUCUGCAUCUACCUACACAUCGGCCGAGGAAUCUACUACGGCUCAUACUUAAACAAAGAAACCUGAAACAUCGGAGUCAUCCUCUUAUUGACCCUCAUAGCAACUGCUUUCGUAGGAUACGUCCUGCCAUGAGGCCAAAUGUCAUUCUGAGGAGCUACAGUAAUCACAAACCUGUUCUCAGCAAUCCCAUACAUUGGCCAAACACUAGUAGAAUGAGCCUGAGGAGGAUUUUCCGUCGACAACCCCACAUUAACACGAUUCUUCGCUCUCCACUUCCUACUACCAUUCGUUAUCGUAGGCCUCACACUAGUCCACCUCACCUUCCUACACGAAACUGGAUCAAACAACCCGACAGGAGUCCCAUCGGACUGCGACAAAAUCCCAUUCCACCCUUACUACACCGUAAAAGACAUCCUAGGAUUCGCACUAAUAAUCUCCCUCCUAGUCUCCCUAGCCCUAUUCUCCCCAAACCUCCUAGGAGACCCAGAAAACUUCACACCAGCCAACCCCCUAGUAACCCCUCCCCACAUUAAACCCGAAUGAUACUUCCUAUUCGCCUACGCCAUCCUACGAUCCAUCCCAAACAAACUAGGAGGUGUACUAGCCCUAGCCGCCUCAAUCCUCGUACUAUUCCUAAUACCACUACUCCACACAUCAAAACUACGAUCCAUAACAUUCCGUCCUAUCUCCCAAAUCCUAUUCUGAACCCUAGUCGCAAACGUCCUAGUCCUUACAUGAGUGGGAAGCCAACCAGUAGAACACCCAUUCAUCAUCAUCGGCCAACUAGCCUCGUUCACCUACUUCCUAAUCAUUCUAGUCCUGUUCCCCAUCGCAGCCGCACUAGAAAACAAACUACUAAAACUUUAA